AAUGAUCCGAUGGGAUUGGUAUCGUAGCGUGAAAAGGUAGCAGCAAUUGGUUUCACCAUGCCCCAAGUGGAACACAUUCCAGUGCGAUUACGGAUCAAACUCCAAGCCUUGGCUUUGUGGGUACUCUUGAGCCUGCCCAGUAUUCUCGUGACAUUGGGGCUGUUCUUCUCACCUUCUUCAUCAAGUGAGGAGGACACAGAAGAAAUCCCUCCGGAACAUCAUCAUCAGCCACAACCAUCAGUGUCCUCCGUACCUGAAAGUGAGGUCGAUCGUUUACCCAUUGGGGCAGAAUCUCAUUUGACUCAUGAAGGGAGUCUGGUGUACGAAGAGCAAGAGCAAUACACUUGUUACGAGAACUACACGGAGUAUCGGCCACUUUACGACAAUGCGCAAUUCUGGAUUGAAGGCAUCUUGCUAUUCUUUGUGGGGCUCUUUGGGAUCCUGGGCAACGUGUUGGCUCUGGCAGUUCUCCGCAAAGGGAAAAACACGAAGUUUAACCAACUCUUGGUGUAUAUGUCCGUCACGGAUAUUGUGCUAAUCGUAUUCUUUACCUUGAUGUCCUCCUUCACGGUGCUGGCCAGUGAACCGGUGUGGUUCAAAUUGUUGUUCCCCUACUUCCUCUGGCCCUUGGGUAAUAUUGCAAUAACGGCCAGUGUCCUAAUGGUCGUGGCCGUUUCUACAGAGAGGUUUUUGGCUAUUUGUCGGCCUUUGCAAUAUAAGCCCAGUCCGAUCUUUUACGUGACUCUCGUGAUGCUGAUUUCGAUGGCUGUUAAUACUGGACGAUUUCUCGAGUUCGAAUUGGUCCUGCCAAUCCAUAACGGGUCCUCAGACGCCUCUGGUGAAUACAAUUUCAAGCAGACUGAGCUCAUGGCGGAUGAGCGAUACAUCGUUUUCAGUCGAUAUUGGAAUGAAAUUGUGGUGAUGGGCAUCCUUCCCUUGUUAGGAUUGAUCCUUCUCAACUAUGGAAUCUACACAAAGAUUAGGAAGUCGAAUAAGUUCCGCAAGCUCCACGACAAAUCCCAUUGCUCGUUGAACAGCUCAAACCGCCGUCAACUCGAGUCUCACGCCACGCCUCGAUGUCAACGCCCCCGACCCCCGGUCAGUCGACAACCAUCUGCAAUGUAUUCUGGAGAUCAGCAAUUGUUUCCACCCAACGACCUUUGUAGCACGGGUCCACCAUUGAGUGACAAUGUCAUUCCCAGUCACGGACUAAGUACAACGCCCAUUGAGAGGCGAAGGUCUGCUGGCAUUCAUCAAAAUCAACAACAUCCCAACCACCACCACCACCACCACCAACAACAACAGCAGCAGCAACAGCAACAGCUCAACAAUCAUCACCAUCGGCCUCACGGAUCUGGAAGUUCUGCCAGUGAGAGGUCAACCAAGCUUUUGGUGGGCAUAGUGCUCGUAUUCUUGGUCUGCCACGUGUUUCGUUUGGUGAUUCAAUUAGAUGCCGUGGUUCAUCCGUCCAUUCUCGGUGGGCGUCACAAUGAGUAUUGCUUAGAACGUGGCUAUUUCCCGUCGCCAGUGGCGGUCUGGAUACUGACUAGCUUCAACAACUUCUUUUUGGUUUUCAACUCGAGCAUCAAUUUUGUUGUCUACUGUCUAAUGGGCCGAAGCUUUCGAAACACGCUGGUAGAUAUGUUUCGAAUUCGAUCGACUGAUUCUAAUGCUCACUUGAACCGCCGUCGAGGACCGAACAUUACCGACAAUGGAGACCGAAAACUGGGUCUAACGCAAUUGAAUCAAUCGGGUAUGAUGCCAUUGACUCCCAGCGGAGAACAACGGAAUCGAGCCCCUUACGACCAUUACCCAUGUCACUCGCCCAAUUCCGUUUCGUACCCAUCUUGCUCGCCCCCCUUAGGAGAUUUGGACCGGACCAUUUCGGUGAAGCAACUGGUUCCACAUCCCAUUUGCCCUUCAGGUCAAACCAGUGACGUGUGAAGUCCUCUCGUCAGCUGCCAUCCUGUGAAGAAAAAUCAAUGUGUUGGUUGGUGUCCAAUGUGUGUGUGAGAUCGUGAUCCAUGAUGGCUCAUGGAAAUUAUUGUCACUCUUUCAGAAGACUCCUCCUGUAGAGAGAAUAUUGCUAGUUUGAAAGAACACUGAGUUUUGUUAUUGUGCUGACUGGGCUACAAUGUCUAUCGCAAGACCUUGAGGAAAUUUUCAAGUCCCCGGAAUUGCUCUGAAUGAGAAAUUCCUCACAUCAUGGACUAUAGCAAUCCUACAUAUAUCGUCGUCUGACAUCCGACUCGUAAAUAUAUACUACAUCUUUGUGACUUGGA